GCCGCCCCCGCUGCGCCAUGUCCGGCCCCGGCGGGCCCCGCUUGCUCGGGCAGGCCGAGGCUCAAGCCAUCGACCAGGAGCUCUUCAGUGACUACGGGUUCAGCGUGGAGCAGCUGAUGGAGCUGGCGGGGCUGAGCUGCGCCACGGCCAUCGCCAAGGCCUACCCGCCCAGCUCCUUCACCACGAGCCGGCCCGCGGUGCUCGUCGUGUGCGGGCCGGGCAACAACGGCGGCGACGGCUUGGUGUGCGCCCGGCACCUCAAAAUGUUUGGCUACGAGCCGACCGUGCACUACCCCAAGCGCCCCAAUAAGCCCCUCUUCGAAGGCUUGAGCACCCAGUGCCAGAAAAUGGGCAUCUCCUUCCUGCCGGAAUUCCCUGCGGAGGCGCCGCUCAUCGACGAGCUCUACGGCCUCGUCGUGGAUGCCAUCUUCGGGUUCAGCUUCGCGGGAGCCGUGCGGGAGCCCUUCGGCACCAUCCUGGACACCCUCAAGCGCGUCACCGUCCCCAUCGCCAGCAUCGACGUCCCGUCGGGCUGGGACGUGGAGAAGGGCAGCGCGGACGGGCUGCAGCCCGACACGCUCAUCUCGCUCACGGCGCCCAAGAAGGCGGCGGCGCGGUUCCGCGGCCGCUACCACUUCCUGGGCGGCCGCUUCGUGCCCCCCGCGCUGCAGGACAAGUACGCGCUGAACCUGCCGCCGUACCCGGGCACCGACUGCGUGCAGCAGCUCACGUAGCGCC